UUCCCGUGCGGUGUCAUUCCUGAACACGCAGUCAGGUGUCGCGUGUCUUUUGCGUUACCGGCGACGUCCAUGAUUUUCCCACGUCCACGUAGCGUUGUUUUUUUUAUCUCCCAUUUUAUCACCGGGAGAGCUGAGCUGCUGGAUGAAAUGUUUUGAGAGAAAACUGACGUCGUGUAGGCGUGGUGUGUGCCAGCGUGCAGAGAGAAGCCCACCGCAGAACCGUUAAUCCAGUCCGGACACCACGUUUUAGUGGAAUUUAGCCUACAUUUGGCCAAACUUUACCAUCCGCUGCUAUUUAUAAAGGGAUUCAUUCAUAGCAGACUAUUUGAGAGGAUAAGUUUGUAACUCGCCUGCUCGAUGGAAAAAAGAGAACGCCCAGCACAGCAUCUCACAUCGAGGUGAGAGUGCGCUUUAUAAACCGACGCCGAGGCACCGCUGCCAUAGUGAAUGAGAACCAGCAACGUUUAACCAGACCGACAAGAAUACCUCUCACUUGAUGACUGACACCAUUUAAGACAGACGGGGAUCUUCAGCCAGUGAUGUAGACAAGGAUGAUGAAGUUACAUAGGGAAGGCUGUGUGGGGAGGAAGAGCAUCGCCUGAUUCUCCUCCACUUCCUCAUCCCCUCUGAGUCGUGUCCUCUGAUUGGGUGGGCGGAGCACAAUGUCAUCGACCACACCCACCUCAGCCCCGCCUUCCAAGAAGACGCGUGGGAAGGAGAGGACGGAGGUCAUGGGCGACUUGCCACAGACAGCCAAUGAGGAGCUGAGGAGCAAGCUGAUGGAUUUCCAGAUAGAACUGCAGCAGGAGAAGGGCAAGGUCUCUAAGCUGAGAGAGCGUCUCCAGGAGCAGAGGCAAGCCAGGGAGCUGGAACAACACAAACACACAGUGGUCCUCACCGACCUCCGCGCCAAACUGCACGAGGAGAAGCUCCGCGAGCUGGCUUCCGCUCGCGAGUCGUUGGCACGGCAACACGAGUUGGAGCUAUCGCGUACCAUUAAGAUCCGCGACGGGGAGGUGCAGCGGCUCCAGGGGCUGGUCCAUGCGCUAAGGGACGGGGCGGCUGACAAGCUGAAGAGCGCCCUGCUAGGAGAGGCCCGGGAGGAGGCCAGGAGGGCCUUCGAUGGGGAGAGACUCAAACUGCAGCAGGAGGUCAUGAAGCAGGAGACGGCACGGAAGCAGGUUGAGGAGGCUCUGGCUAACGCACUGCAGGCAGACAAGGCCAAAGCAGCCGACCUCCGAACAGCCUACCAGCAGCACCAGGAUGAGAUCAACCGCAUCAAGAGAGACUGCGAGAGAGACAUCCGAAGGGUGAUGGAUGAGCUGAAGGGGAAGGACCGCGUGGUGUCUGCGUUGGAGAGGGAGCUGGGGUUGCAGGCAGGUUAUGCUCAGAAGCUCCAGCUGCAGAAGGAGGCUCUGGACGAGCAGCUGGGCCAAGUCAGGGAGGCAGAGAGGCACCACGGCAGUCCCAAGAGAGAGGUGGUCCCUACCCUGGGGGAAACCCAGGACUAUAUCAACAACCAGGAGGUGGAAGAUCUUCGGGAUGCGAGGAGGUUCCAGCUGAAGAUAGCUGAGCUCCACUCUGUUACCAGGAAGCUGGAGGACAGGAACACACUGCUGGCAGAUGAGAGGAACGAACUGUUGAAGAGGGUGCGUGAGGCAGAGAGUCAGAUGAAGCCCCUGUUAGAUAAGUAUAAGAGGAUGUCGAAGAAGAAUGAUGACCUCCUGCAGACUCUGCAGCGCAUGGAGGAGAAACUCAAGAACCUCAGCAGAGAGAACGCAGAGAUGAAGGAGAAGGCGCACUCUCGUUCCCAGCAGCCCCAGCAGCUGAAGAGGCCUACCUCCCUGACAGACCUAAGCCAUGCCCACGAGGAACAGGAAGUGGAGUUCCUCAAGCUGCAGGUUGCCGAGCAACGAGGCAUCAUCGACGAACUCACGCAGGAACGUGACAGACUGAUGCUCUGCAAAAAUAACCGAAGAAAAACCCUCAAACUACCACCUAAAAGGCAUGUUGUGGAGACGUAUUUUGGAUUUGACGAGGAGUCUGUGGACUCUGAAACGUCCUCUCUGACCUCUUACAUCACUGACCUCACGGACCGUACCCCCGCUACACCCGAGGAGGACCUGGAAGACAUUUCAAAACUCGGGAAGGAUACACUUGUGCUUCCUCACGUAAAGGAGGCUAUUGAGGAGGGUGUAUCUCGUGAAGAGGCAGAACUGAGGUUCAGACAGCUGACCAGAGAGUACCAGGCUCUCCAGCGGGCCUACGCCCUCCUGCAGGAACAGGCUGGGGGGUCGCACGACGCUGAGAGAGAAGCCAGGAACCGUGAGCAGUUGCAGGCGGAUCUAAUAGGCUGCAAGGCAAAGAUUGGCGACCUGGAGAAGGCAUUAGCCGAGAGGGGGCAGGACUCUAAGUGGGUGGAGGAGAAGCAGUACCUCAUCAGGGCCAAUCAGGAACUCCACGACAAGAUGUGUGUGUUACAGCAGGCUGAGUCGAAGCUGCAGGCAGAGGUGCAGGACUCGAGGGACCAGAAUGAGCUGCUGGAAUUCAGAGUGCUUGAGCUGGAAGAGAGGGAACGCAGGUCUCCUGCCAUGGGCUUCCACAUGACCACCUUCCCAGAGAACACCAACAGCGCUCUGCAGAUAUACUGUCAUCAGGAGGGCAUCAAGGAUGUGGUUAUUCCAGAUCUGAUGAAGAAGCUGGAUAUCCUGGGAGAUAAUGGGAACUUGCGUAAUGAGGAGCAGGUUGUCGUCAUUCAGGCGAGGACGGUUCUCUCAAUGUGUGAGAAGUGGUUAAAGCAGAUAGACAGCACAGAGGCAGCCCUGACCCAGAAGAUGAUUGACCUGGAGAAUGAGAAGGACCUGUUCAGUAAGCAGAAGGGCUUCCUGGAGGAGGAGCUGGACUACAGGAAGCAGGCCCUGGAUCAGGCCUACAUGAGGAUCGCGGAGCUGGAGGCUACGCUGUAUAACGCUCUGCAGCAGGAGCCCGGGGGGCGUGCGGUGGCAGAGUCUCUGUCCGACAGGCAGAGGGAGGAGCUGGGGCUAGCCGUGGACAAACUGCGGCGGCAGAUACUCAGGCAGAGCCGCCAGUAUGACAGUCAGAUCUUACAGGAGCGCAUGGAGCUCCUACAGCAGGCCCAGCAGAGAAUAAGGCAGUUGGAAGACAUGAUUGAGAUGCAAAAGAGACAAGUAAAGGAAAUAGAAGAAAAGUUUUUGUUCCUCUUUUUGUUUUUCUCUCUAGCUUUUAUUCUUUGGCCUUAAUGACACUGACAUGGACCGACAACAGGUGCUAAGGCGCUCAGGUGGAGAGUGAGGAAGAGAAACACAACAUAUUUGUUUUUUUGUCAUGCAUUUAUAGACGGUUCACAAACCUUAUAUGGCCUUUUUGAUACACGUGCACUUUUGUGGAAGACACUUACCUGGAAUGCAAAACAAAACCAUGACUUUGAAAAGUGAAGAAAUAUCAGAGACAUGUAAAAGAGGUAUAUCAGAGAUUUUUUUUUUUUAUAACGGAAAUGUCCCCUACCAUUUUUGGAAGUGGAACAUUUAGCCAAACUCUAACGUGAGUUUUAAAAAGCAAGAACAUUGUAACUGGAACUCUGAAGCAGGUCAAUAAUGGAACAGAGGAACUGAGAUGGAGACAGUGCCUCAGAUGGAUUUAGAGCCAGACAACGAAAGAGUGCAAUCGUAGUGGAGGGAGGAGGAGGAAGGAGAAAGAGUUGAUUAAAAAAAAGCAGGACGAUUUCCUAACAGACGAGCCAAGUCCUGGGCAUUCCCAGAAAGCUCAGUGCAGGAGGGUCUCCAUGGAAACAGCUGGCGAAACGGCUGUCAUGGCCAAAGUUCAAUGAGCAAGAAGUGAAAGCUCUGUACUCCGGAGUAGAGCGACACCAGAGGACUACGGGGACAGAAUGUGUCACCGGUCUGUGAAACACAAAGAAUCCUCAAUAGAGCCUGCUACAGAAGGUGGAGGAUCUCACAGCACACUCAGUCCUCCACUGUCCCAGCAUGCAGCGACUGGACGAGCGGCUCCACGUACUCAGGGAGGAGGUGCGCGUCAUGUUCUAUCAUGACCGGUCCUUCCCAGUACCAGGAGAAGGAGCAUAGGAAUUGUGUGUGUGGAGGGAGAGGCUACAGUGCUGCCACGCCCAGCUCCGGGCUAAAGAGGAGGAGAUGGGUUGCCAGUCUCAGUACUUUGAGCACUUUAAGAGCCAGCUGCAGCUCAAGUUUGGCCUGGCCAGAGACGAGGAGCAGGGCCUGCAGACCAGAGUCCACCAGCUGGAGAGACAUGUUCUGGAGAUAUCUGUAUCUUCAUCCACCAACAUAGCCACCGUCAACGCAGCUAGCUUCAACUACCCUGUCAUGGUGCCAACGGUACACAGAGUCCGAAAGACUGGCCCACCCAAGGGCGAAAAGAGAGGAGGAGGAUGGGGAGCGUGAGGAGGAAAAUACACAGUGGAGACGCUACGGACAGCACCUCCAGCAGAAGCAGGGAGAGGAUGAAAUAGAAAUAGAGGAAGAAAGAGAGGGGGAGAGAGAGAGCGUGAGGGAGAGGGGGGUGAGGACAGAUGGAGCGGCUUCAUCCUCAGCCUCCAGGAGGACCUCACGGCUGUUGGAGAAGGAGGAGCAGGGGCUGGAGGAGCGGAGGGGGCUGUUGGAACAGCUGCAGGAUGCGCAGCAGAAUGGCCACUUCCUGUCGUGUAAGGUGGAGGAAAUGAGGACGGUGGUCCACAGGCUCCAGCUGAAUGAGAGCUCCAUGACGGUGGAAGGAACUGCAAGAGGAGAACCAAAGACUGUAAGAGGCUCAGCCACACCCUGAGACAGAUCAACCACAGCCCGGGCUCUACUGACCCCCGUCUCUACCCCCAGCCCUAGCUCUGGUGCCAGCCCAGGGACUCCAGCCCCAGCCUGGCUACCGCCCUGCCAAACACCCCUGCCCUGGCUCAACCAGUCCCCUGCCACGUGGACAACACUGACUCAGUGAGUGAUGACAUUGAAGCUAAUGUGGAGUUGACUCUUAAUCAGUAGUAGAUCUUAAGUCUAAAUUGUUGAAGAGUUCGGCCUCAAGAAUGUAAAUGAGUACAAUAACAAGCAAAUUGUACAAUGGAUUGUAAUGUGGGAUUGUCAUUUGUUUAGCUGCACAGUGGAAUGUUGAUCUGAUUAACUACAGAGGAACUAAAGAGUGUGGCUGGCUUGUGUGUUUGAGACUGGGAGCCUGGGGGAAUGGUGUCUUGGUCCUGGGGGCUUCCCCUCUCUCAACCUGAGAGAGGAGACUGAAGCACUGAGAGAGGCUUACUGGAGCAUGGGGGCGACGUGGACUCACUCCGGGACCACAGGGACCAGCUGGAGAGCAUGCUCUGACACACACAGGACCAGCUGCACAGGGUGACCGAGGAGAAGGCCCGACUGAAAUGUAAACUCGGGAAGCAGGGAGAAACGGGGGGCCUGUGAGGCGGAGCGGGGGUGCUAGCUAGGAGGGAAAAGCAUGACAGGAAAUGCCCAGGAAAACAGGGUGACAAUUCAUAACCUAAUUCCCCAGGUUAGCAGAAAGCUUACCACAACUCCAACCCAGAAUAAUACUACCCUAGUCUUAGCCGAUAAUGACCUAACCCUGUAUGCCUUAGCCCUGGAUGACCUAGCUCUAACUUUGAACCAGGAGAACCAAGGCAUAGGGCAGGCGUAUCAAGGAGCCCCUGCCCCACAUAGAAACCCGGGAUAGUAAGGAUAGUGAGAGGAAGCUAGAGAGGGAGAGCUGGAGCAGGAGAACCAGGAGCAGGGAGGUCUUAUAACGAGCUAACCAGGAAGACCGAGGAUGACCUCAACACUAUCAUGGAGCUGCAGCAGAGACUGACUGAGAGCGGUCAGCUUGGUCUACAACAGGGUGACCAUGGUUCGAGUCAGAGUGUGGUCAAAAGGGUGAGCAUGCGGUCGGGUCAGUGUUCGCUCAACAGGCUCAACCCUCGGUAGGGUUCGUGACCAGUCUACAAGGUGAUCACACGCCAGGGUCGGUGAAUAGUGGUGAACUACAGGUUGACCACACGACCGAGUCAGUUAGGGAUCAAAUGACAGCCAUUUGACCACAGAGUUAGUGUCCAUGCUGAGAGAGGAGAGGGGCGAGCGAAUUGGGUCUCAGUGAUCUCAAAGGGGAAAGGGAACAGGUUUCCCCUCUCACUCAGGUGUCAGACAGGGAAACAACGGCUAACGCGCUCCGUGUGGGUUCUGGAAGAAGAACGUGACCGGGUCAAUCAGGAACUCUGCGGUUUAAAAGAAGAGCAAGUACAGUUUACAAGGUCUGAAAGAUAAGAGACACGGUGGUAUGGUCAAUGUGUGGUUUAAAAGAGGAGAGCGACCAGCUAGUUCCGUCAAGGUCUGGACCAGGAGGAGAAAGACCAGCUAGUUCAGUCAAUGCCUGUUUUCUACAAGGAGAGAGACCAGCUAGUUCCGUCCAAUGUCUGGUUUCCAGGAGGAGAGAGACGAGCUCUCGCAGUCUCUCUUCAGUCAAGAAGAUGAGAGACCAACCUAACGAGUCACUCCACAAUCUAGAAGAGGAGCGAGACCAGUUGAUGCAAUCCAUGUGGGGUUUAAAGGAACAGAGAGACUAGCUAACACAGACACUCAGCCUUCUGGAGCAGGAGAGAGACAAACUGCCUUCAAACAGAAGACGGAGACCCGGUCAACCAGUUCAAAGAAGAGCGAGAGCAGUUGGUUCAGUCAAUGGCUGUUCUGUGCGAACAGAGAGGAGCAUCUCACAGCCGAGAGAGAGACCAGUUGCAGAUGGACGUCGCUCCUUUACGGAAUCAGCUACUGUCACAGGGGCGGAGUCAUGACCAGCGGGUACUCUGAGAACCACGUUGGCGUGGCAACACGCAUAGAGGGUGUGGCUACAGAGAGCGGGGUCGCUGCGCCAAAAUACGGAUGAUGACGUCGUUCAGAGAAGUCUGGCCACGGUCUACUCCUACAAGACCAUCCGCCUGGGGCAGUCUGCACAGGGAACACUUGGAAGAGGUGACAGGUGUAGCAGAGUGAACUGAUGGAGGAGAUCAAGUCGUUGGGGGCAGAACACAGAAGGUCACGAGACGAACUGGAGAAGAACCAAUCGGAGGUGAGCUCUGUUUACUUCCUGUGUCCUCUUGGCCGGUCAGAACAGAAUCUGUGUGUGCCGGCUCAGAGGUGGCACCGUGAGCUGAGUGUGUCUGAUGUCAGGCGAGAGGAGGCUGAGAGGAGGUCAGCACACGCAGCCAACGAAUUGAAGAGGAGGUGGAGGAGACGAAGAGGGAGAACCUCACACUGAGAGCAGAAGUACGAAUAGAGAAAGUAUCCUUCUCUCACUAACCACAGUAAUAAUGUCAUGUGAUAACCCACUGGCUGUGUCUUUUGUUAGGUGAGGGAGGUGAAGAGGAGACCUGAAGGUCUGGAGAGUUACUAAUUUAGGUAGAAGUCAUCCUUUUGUACAGAUCUAGGAUCAGCUUAAUACCUUCCCCGAAUUCCAAGCCUUACCAAUACAAAACUGACCAAUGUCAAGGAGAAACUUCAUUCUAAUCUGAUAAGACCAUAGCUCCCUGGUUAGAGCGCUAGUGACGUUUGUUCAAAGACAUGAGGAAAAGUUUUUUAUUAGAAGAGAGCUUUUAUUACAAUCUCUAAAGAGCUGUAUUUGUGGUCAGUGCAUAUCUUUUUUUAUUGUAAUGUGAGCUGUAUUUGUGGUCAGUGCAUAUCUUUUUUUAUUGUAAUGUGAGCUGUAUUUGUGGUCAGUGCAUAUCUUUUUUUAUUGUAAUGUGAGCUGUAUUUGUGGUGAGUGUAUAUCUUUUUGAUGGUAAUGUGUUUGUUAUUUCCAGUCAGUGUAUUUUGUUUAAUGGCUGUUUGUCUCCUCCUCUCCAUUACAAUGUUCGUCUGAGAAAGAAGAACCAGAGAGGGUGAAUGGAGAAUUGUGGGUGUCUGUUGGUUGUUUAGAGCUAAUAGAGGAUUUAUUGUUGGAUUUGUUUUGACUGACAGCGGUUGUCCAAUGACAGGCUAAGUUGUCAUGAUUUGGUUUUGAUUGACUGAUGUUCUGUUCAAUGACAAGCGAAGGUUUCAUGAUUUUACAUUUAAUAUUUUUAUUCACAAAGUCCCAAUGUAGUCUCCUUACAGAUAUGUCACCCCCCCUUUUCCCCUUUUCUCCCUAGGAUCUCCCUUCCAAGACCAGACACCAGGUUUACUCCAGUCCCCCACCAGGUCAGGGAAACUAUCCAGGUUACCCCAAACCUUGCUGCCCUCAACCGACCCAAGCAUACCCCCAUAACAGCUACCCCUUCUACUACUACUACUACUACUACUACUACUGCCCCCGCUCGGACUGUUAAAGCACGAAGUACCACUACCUCGUUGAAAACUGCCCCUCCAACAAUUACCCUUAAAACUACAGCCCUCACUAAAGCUGCCCCCUCCACCUCUGCUCUGCCCCCCACUGAGAGGACAUGGCUGCCUGAUGAGGACCAUUGUGUCAAGAAGCUCCUCUCCAACUGCCAACCUGAACAAGCUAAAGCAACCAAACCCAGAGCUGAGCCGGGUAGAGUAGCCCAGACAACAUACACUGUUUACUGUACACUUGAUGGAAAACAUGGGUGUCUGAACAUGGGUGUCUUUUUGUCCCGCCCCUUUAGAACCUCCAGCUGAGGUGGGCUCUGUUGAGGUCAUCGGGAUGGUGGGACAGAGCAGCCUCAUGAUUGGCUGGAUGAGCUGGGCUGCAGCAACGGAACCUUUAUGUAUGGUUACUGCUUCUCACCUGGGAUACAGUAGAAUAUUUUCAGCCGCACUGUCCAGUUGAAACCUUUCUCACCAGAUUCAGAAGCUCAAACGGUAAUGCUACAGUCCUCUGGUGGACAGCCCUAACCUCCACCCUAGAAGAGCUGGCCCAGAGAGAGGGAGAUACUGUCACGUUGCUAGGCAACCCCCGCAACGACGGCUUCUGUGAGGCCGAGGUGAAUGGCAGACAAGGUCUGGCUCCUGUUGCCUUCCUAGAGGAAGUUCUUGAUCCAGACAGAUAUGUAAGCCCCGAAGCAACAGAUGAUAGACCACUGUGACUGCCAAUCAGAGAGAGGACAAGAUGAUGAGCCACUGUGACUGCCAAUCAACUGAUGCUUCCCUACAGAGAGAUUAUAGUGGCCAACAUUAAUGACGUCAUCAAACGCUGCCUGCCCGUGACAAAAACAUUCAUAAGUGCUCACAAGCCUAAAGUCAUCUGAAAUGGAAAGCUACACUAAAGCAGUAGCUGAAAUGUGGGUGUGUUUGUGUGUAUGGCCCAGUUUGACAUUGUGCUUCUCUAAGCGGAUGCUUUUAACCUGCAUCCUGCUCAUUGAGAUCGUGUCAAAACACCCCUGUUCUUCAAAAUCCCCCGCUUUUUUGUGUCUAAUCUCUCGUGGACAGACGCACUUAACUGGUAUCCUAGUGCCUGUCAGCAGGCUGUGGGAUGCGACGACGAACGAGGAACUUUGAUUCCGGUGCACAGAUUUUUCGUCGCUGAUUAUUUUGGACAAAUCACGAUUUUACCGCCUUCCAUUUUUGGAAGAGGACGGGAUAUUUGGACCAUGGACUUGCCUGUAAAUUGCAACUGGAGAGGAGUUAACGGCCUGCGGCCCCUCCGCGUUCUAGUGUUUUUCUAACACAUCUGCCCCCAGAACAUAAUC